AUGGCAGGGCGGCUCGCAGGGUCGAGGGCCGCGAGGGAGCUGGCGCGGAGGAUGGGAUUCAUGGGGAGCUUUCGCGCCGGUCUUAGCAACGUUGGCGGUGGUCCGUCUCUCCCCGUGGAGAUCUGCCGGAGGGAUGCCGGCGGGGUGUCGCCCUGUAUCUCGUCCCGAGUAACCGCUCGUCGUUUUGGGACGGCGGGAGCCGACGAGAUCGAGGCUCGGGAGUGCGAGAGCAAUGGAAACCAGGUGAUGGCAUCUUAUGGCGUCUUGUUUGUGGCUUCCGCCGCGUCCAUCUGAAGUAGAGAGGGCAUUGAUUCGUAGAACAAGAUGGAUAUCGAUGCCGGCAUUGGUGAUCCUAGGUCACCUCAUUCGUUGUAAAUGUUCCAGCAGGUGGUGAAUUUCCCCGGGGGGAAGGUAGCGUUUGUUGCCGAGAUGGAAUUCCUCGCCGAAUUGUUGAAGGAGAGAAUCAACUGCUAUCGUGUUCUUGAUGACGAUGGACGGACGAUCUCCGGGAGCAGUUUCAAAGAGGUAUUUCUGACAUCCAACUCUCUCAUGAACGAGCGAGAAUGGAUUCCGUCACAGAUUGAAAGUAUUUGAAACUCUGAGGUGAGAUUAUCUCAUCGUCAGGUGAGCAAGGAGAUGGCUCUGGAGAUGUACAGCGGGAUGGUCACUCUACAAACAAUGGACACUAUCUUCUACGAGGCCCAGAGGCAGGGAAGAAUCUCCUUCUAUCUUACGACAAUCGGAGAAGAGGCCAUCAACAUUGCCUCGGCUGCUGCACUCACCAUGGACGACGUCGUCUUCCCGCAGGUAGAAAUAGGAUCUGAUAAUUGCAUUGCCUCCUUCGGUAUCUCCUAGUCCCUCGGAAACAAUCUUUACGGGGAGGAUUUGGCCUGAAUGAGCAGUACAGGGAACCCGGCAUCCUCCUCUGGCGAGGUUUCACUCUGCAGGAAUUCGCCAACCAGUGUUUCGGCAACAAAUACGACUACGGCAAAGGGCGGCAGAUGCCGAUCCAUUAUGGUUCCAACAAGCUUAAUUACUUCACGGUUUCUUCACCCAUUGCGUAUGUGAACAUCCCAUUUUGAUUCUGAGAGGAUUGAUCGACCUCAAUCUAUCGUUAAAAAAUCGUGCUUUUCAAUUCCCAGGACCCAAAUUCCCCACGCUGUUGGAGCGGCUUAUUCUCUGAAGAUGGAAGGGAAGCAGGCCUGUGCGGUCACCUACUUCGGUGACGGCGGCACCAGCGAGGUUAUUAUUCCUGCAGUUGCUACCUUGUAAGCCCACCACUGUUCUUCCUGACCCGUCAUCCUCCUUCCAGGGGGAUUUCCACGCCGCCCUCAAUUUCGCCGCCGUGAUGGAGGUCCCAGUCAUCUUCUUCUGUCGCAACAAUGGAUGGGCGAUCAGCACCCCCACAUCCGAGCAGUUCCGCAGUACUUGGCAAUGAUCUUGUCCCCUAGUUCCUGCCGUUCUGUUCGUGUCUUGACUCAUGGGGUGAUCGACAGGUGACGGCGCCGUCGUCAGAGGCCAGGCCUACGGGAUCCGCAGCAUCCGGAUUGACGGGAACGACGCCCUCGCCGUCUACAGUGCCGUCCACGCCGCCCGAGAGAUGGCCAUCAGCGAAUCCAGACCCAUUCUUAUCGAGGUUCGCGCAGAAAAUUUCUUCUCCGAGUAGAAACUGCUGACUCUCGGAAGCAAACUUUAAUUCCAUGAAACCAAAAAAAUUUGCAGGCGCUUACUUACAGAGUCGGCCAUCAUUCUACGUCGGACGAUUCCACCAAGUACCGCCCAGUGCACGAGAUCGAGCAUUGGAGGACGGCUAGGGACCCCAUCUCCCGGUAUAGGAAGUGGGUGCAGAGGAACGGCUGGUGGAGCGAUGAGAACGAGACGGAGCUGAGGAAAAAUGUGAAGAAGGAGGUGCGUCUCUUCCACGUCUCCUCUUCUCACGCUUGCCCGCCCACCCUUCCCCCUGCUCAUCGUCUCCCUGUCUUCUGUCCAGCUGAUGAACGCCAUUCAGAUAUCGGAGAGAGCAGAGAAGCCCCCACUGUCGGAGCUGUUCACGGAUGUGUACGACGUUCCGACCAGCAACCUCCGGGAACAGGAGGCAUUGCUCCGUCAGACAAUUCAGAGGCACCGCGAAGACUAUCCCCCUGAUGUUCCUCUUUAG